AUGGCUUCAUUUGCUGCUGUUGACAAUGUUGCAUCACUUUGUCCUGCAAAUCACAAUUGGAGGAUCAAAUUAAGUUCACUGCUAUAUCUUAGGAGAAGGAAGGUUUUAAAUACCGUGGAGGAGACGUGUUGUCCAUUGUGUUCACAUGAAGAGGAGACUCUCGAUCAUCUGUUAUGCUCUUGCCCGAUUGCUGUCAAUGUGUGGGGGCUUUACUACCGAUGGCUUGGUGUGUGCACUGUGCUUCCAGGGGACUGCAAGAGCCAUCUUGAGCAGCAUUCUCAUCUGGGUUUGACAGCAAAACAGAAUGAACUACUCAGAGUUACAUGGUUUGCAAUGGCGUGGGCAAUCUGGCAACAUCUAAGAUAG